AAAUAUUAAAAUGUCUGUCAGAGCCUUAUACUAAUCACAAUAGGAUGUGGGUAGAAAUAUCAAAAGGUAAUGAAUUACACAAAUAAAUUAGUUCAAAAAAAAAGUACACUUGGAAGUUUAGCAUUGAUGAUAAGGAUCAUACCAUUGAACUGUUUGUAUCAGGUUUGUCAGGAAAAAAGAAAGUUGUGCAUAAUGGCAAAACUUUAAGAGAAGAAGCAUCGUAUUUUUAUUUUAUUUAUCUUUUAUUUAGGGUUUUAGGAAGCUUUAAUUAUUCCAUGACCAUCUCAAGUAAUUUAUUAACAAUCUCUAAUAACGGAGAUUUAUAUGACCUCAGGAUAAACAAUAUGCAAUUUAGUCAUCUUUAUCACAAUGGUAUUACAUUUUCUGAAUUUAGAAAAAACAAAAAAAGAAUUUUAAUUCGAAGAUGGAUACAAUGAAGGAAACAAUUAAGAGGACUAUUACUCUAAAUUGCCAAAGCCUUCUAAAUAAAACAAACCAUUAUACAAAGAGGAAGACUAAGGCUAUGAUUUUGGAUUGGUUGAUGAUAUAGAAAGGAUGGCUCCUAAGAAAGGAUUGGAAGAAUAAAAUGAGUUCAAUACUCAUUCAAAUUAUUAACAAAAGUUAAACAUACAAUUCAAACCCAAAGAAGACCCAUAUGCUAAAUUUAACGAUCCCAAACCCUAAUAAAGAUAAACAUAAUCUUUUUCACAAAAACCCUAGCAACCACAAUCAUCAUUUAAUUAAUAAUAAAUUAAAAAUGAUUUCGGUGAUUUUGGCAAUUUCCCAAAACCUCCAACCACAACAGCCAAUGACAAUGUCUUUGGAAAUUUUGGAUUCGGAUUUAAUGACUCCUAAUAACAAUAAGCCAAGUCCUAAUAAUAACCAACAAAUUAAUUUUCACAAGACUUUAAACCAAAUCCUUUCGGAGACUUCUAACAACCUCCACAAUCACAUCAACAAACUCAAUCCUUCUAACAAUAGGCACAACCAUUUUUCUAAUAACCUCCUCAAUAAUAGGUGAUUGAGUAGCCAAAACCAAAACCUCCUCCUCAGACCAAUUUACUAGAUUUCGGAGACGAUCCUAUCCUACCUCCGUAAUAAUAGUAAUUACCACCUGUUCAGUAGUAAAAUUAAUAAUAAUUGCUAUACCAACAAUAAUAAGUUCAAUAAUAAUAAUAAUAGCAAUAGUAAUAAUAAUAAUAAUCUUUAUAUAAAAAUCCAGUCAAUUAGCCACUUUAAUAAAACCUUUAGUAUGUUUAAGCUCCUCAACAAUAAUAAUAACAAUAAUAAAAAGUUCUACCUUAAGAUUUGUUGGAUGCUUUUGAUGAUCCAGAACCUGUAGUACCACAAUAAAAUCAACAGUAGUAGCCUUAAUUCAAUAUAACUUCAUUGUAUUAAUAAUAAGUAAUUGUCAACUUUAUUUUAGGCCAAUGUACCCAUUUAGUCAUCGAUAGCAACAUCAUCACCCCCUUAAUAAUAAUAAUAUGUAAUGAUAUUAUUUACAUUAAUUAGAGAUAAAGUAUGCCUAAUCAAUAUCAGCCUUAACCUUUUAACCAAAUGCCAUAGCAAUAAUAUUAGAAUCCAUAGGUUUCAAUUACAUAGUUAUAUAACCAACCAUAAGCUUAAAUCAAUAUGAAUGUUCCAGUUUAAAUAAACGUUAAAACACAGUCAACUCCGUUUGAUGAUGUAUUUUGAAAUAAUAUAAAAG